AUGUGUUCAAAAAGUUUGCCAACACUUGUGUGGACACAAGUAUUACUUCUAUUACUUACUCUACAAAUACUGUUAAUAUCGGGCGUUAAGCUGUCGGCGCCGGACUCGGCGCGACAAUGCGAGCCGAUACGGAUCGACAUGUGCCGGGGGCUGGGAUACAACGUGACGGGUAUGCCAAACAUGGUGGGGCACGAGCUGCAACAGGACGCGGAGCUGCAGCUGCAGACGUUUACCCCUCUGAUUCAGUACGGGUGCUCAUCGCAGCUACGGUUCUUCCUGUGCGCGGUCUACACGCCCAUGUGUACCGAUAAGGUGCCCAUCAGUAUCGGCCCCUGUAGGCCACUGUGCGAGAACGUGCGCCACAGGUGUGAGCCCGUGCUCCAGGAGUUUGGCUUUCCCUGGCCCUCAGCACUGAACUGCUCGAAGUUCCCGCUGGAGAACAACCACCAGCACAUGUGUAUGGAGGGCCCCGAACCUGAACACCACGAACGCCUCCCUCAGCACAAGUACCCCACAGCCCACUCCAUACCAGCCGGUGGUGGAGGCGGUGGCGGCGGUCGAGGCGGACACAGCGGGCGCCGCAAUAAACCCAAUAAACACCAUAAGCCCUCUCAGACGGCCGUACCGGACGGACAGUUCAGUCGUGGAGGCACUGGUAGUGGCGGACAGCCGUCAAUUGUGUCGGUGGCCAAUGGCGGGCACAGCCUAUCGGUCGACACGACCCGCAAACACCACUACAACCUGUGUCUGGACUACAAGUACUUCGAUCAGUACUAUUACAUCAACCGAACCGAACGGUGCGCUCAUAACUGUUCCGCAGACAUACUGUUCACCUCAGAGAACAAGAACUUCGCCGAUCUGUGGACAGCCAUAUGGGCCGUCAUGUGCUUCGUGUCCACACUCUUCACAAUCAGCACAUUCCUCGUCGACUCGACCCGAUUCCGGUACCCGGAGAGGGCCGUCAUCUUCUUGGCCGCCAACUACUGCAUCUACUCGUGCGCCUACAUCUACCGGCUGAUUGCCGGCCGUCAAGACGUGGCCUGUCAUGUGGACAGUCAGCACAACGUGUCGAUACUGAUCCAGGAGGGCCUCGACAAUGUCAACUGCACCGUCAUAUUCGUGUUGCUCUACUUCUUCGGCAUGGCGUCGGCUGUUUGGUGGCUAAUACUGGCGUUCACCUGGUUUUUGGCGGCAGGCCUUCGGUGGUCACCGGCAGCUAUUGACUCGAAGUACACGUACUAUCACUUCAUUGCGUGGAUACUACCGGCCCUCAAGACGAUAGCCAUUCUAGUGAUGCGAGUGGUGGACGCCGACGAGCUGACCGGCACCUGCUAUGUGGGCCAACAGUCCCGGUCCACUCUCUUAUACUUUGUGAUCAUACCGUCGGCCGUAUACCUGGCCCUGGGAGUACUCUUCCUAUUGGGCGGCCUCUGCGCCAAACUUUACGCCAACGAUCAGCCCAUUUGUCACACGUGUAUCAUCCCAACCCGUGUCCGACACGGUUCACACCACUCAACAAUUACCUCCAGUUCCCACAGCACCACAUGCCCUCAUCCAUUGUUAAGUCAGUCGCAAACGGCCGGUGCUGUCAACAGUUGCUAUAAGGGCUCGACAACGGGUACGGCCGCCACAACUGCCAACCCAUAUAAUAGUGAGAAACUGAAUGUCCUGAUGGUGAGGGUCGGCAUAUUUGCGCUCAUAUACACCCUCCCGGCCACCAGUGUUUUGGGCGCCAAUAUCUACGAGUACUGGGCCCGUGACUCGUGGUAUCUGAUGAGCGCCGGUGCCAUCCAUGACAGGCCUAAUGUCGAGAUCUUCACUCUGAAGAUAUUCAUGUCGUUAGUGAUCGGCAUUAAGACCGGUCUCUGGAUGUGGUCCUCGAAGACGCCGUUCACGACGUGGCGUAAAGUCGGCAAACGUCUCGUCCAAAAGAAACAGCCCCUUCCCCUCUACCUCCAGGGAGUCAACGGCCCCGGCAUUGUGGCCGCACAUAAACAGGCACUCAUACCAGUGAUGACCAGCAAUGGACAGGUAGGCGCUAAUGGGAAACGAACGCGAGUUAAGGGCGCCGGCGGUAAUGAGACGGCCGUAUGA